CAUGAAUAUAGAGCCUAUUUUUUAUGAGGUACGAGUACGAAAAAGAAAAAAGCACUUUGAUGAAAUCGAUGAGAUAGAGGAAGUACAACCACCACUGCAAGAAAAAUUAAGGUCUCUUGAUGAUAGUACCUUACGGAAUUCUUGUGUGAAACUUGAAAAGUACCUAAGCUAUGAAAUGGAAUUCGAUAUCAAUGGGGAUGAGUUAUAUACGGAGUUGAAGGUUUUGCGAAGUUUUUUGCCUAACGAAACAAAAAAGGCUAUUGACGUGUUGAGUUUCUUAACAAAUAUGGGUGGCUGCUAUUCAAAUGCGUCUAUUUCAUAUAGAAUUUUAUUGACAAUCCCUGUUACAGUUGCAUCUGCAGAAAGAAGUUUUUCGAAGUUAAAGUUGAUCAAAUCCUACCUUCGAUCAACGAUGUCUCAAGAAAGAUUAAACGGACUAGCGAUGUUAUCCAUUGAAGCAGAUAUGCUAAGUAGUAUUGACUAUGAUAGUAUUAUAAAUGAGUUCGCAUCCGUAAAUGCGAAAAGGUCGAUCUUUACGUCCAUUACUAGUAUUGUAUCUUCUUGAACAAAAUGAUAAAUGUUUGGUAAUAUUAUACUCAUAUCAUCAUGUGUUAUCAGGUA